UUUCCUGUGGGGGCCAUAAGGGGCCAGCCGUGGCAAGACCGUCACGUCUUUGGAGAAAAGAUCCUAAAACCAGUUGUGGAGAAGCAGAGGAGGGAUCGAAUAAACAACUGCUUGGAAGAAAUGAGGAUCUUGUUACUGAAACUCACAGGAAAUCAGAAACUUCGCAAUCCUAAAAUGGAGAAGGCUGAAAUUUUGGAAUUGGCUGUGAUUUACAUUGGAAACGUGACGCGUAUGAAGACGCACGAUCCUGAACGAUGGGUAUCACCCGCAGAGAAACUCUACCUGUCCGGGUUCAGAGACUGUUUAGACCGUACAGAAGACUUCAUCAAUGACAUCAACCCUGAUGCCAGGAACCGUUUCCUAGAUGGACUGCAAACCCACCUUCAACAGCAGCUACGAUUCCCCAAGCAAGUCUUCCUCUCUAAUGUGGUUGAUAAAUCAGACGACGGUUUGGCCUCCAAAGAGAGUCAACACAAUAUGACCAUAGACUUUUCUCAUUCCGGCGAUGAUCUGAGCCCAUUCUCUACUUCAACCUUAAGUAGUCCUGAGAUGGCUAACUCACCUGGCUGGCUUUCUCCCAGUCCUGAAAAUCCAGCCGGUUUUCAUAUAGAGCCAGAGCAUAGCCAAACAUUUGUGUGGAGACCCUGGCCAUAGAUAUAUAUAUUUUUUGGCAACGGAUGAAUUGAUUAUCUUUUCUGCAAUGUGACAAUGAUGUAGGCCUUGUCUUGCCCAAGCCUGUAUGCUGGCCACAGGCAUUAGACUACAGUUUGCAAGACUUAAAAGGUUCUGCACAUUAUCACGGCUGUUUUGAAGUACACCAUGCGUUUAUAUAAAUUACCUAUGUACAGUAUCUGUAUACAUCCUCUGUAUGUUAUGCAUAUGGCUGUGGAAUCCGUAUUCUUUCUUUACACUGUAUACUCCAUUUCUUCAUAUGUAAA